AUGACCGUUAUGAUGGAAAUUUCUCUUGAACAAGCAAAGAUUAUCGGCCGAGCGUUUCUAUUUUUCGGGAUUUGUGAUAUUGGUGAGUCCUUUGGUCUGAUCGGUGAUCUCUCUUUGGCCAUCUUAGCUCCAGUGAUCAUCACGAAUGGUGUCGGAUUCUAUUGGGUAUCCGUUUUCCCACUACCACCCUGGUUAGCGAGUUGGCUUGUGGGUAUUUUCGUGGGUUGUUUAGAUGGGAUCAUCAUCUCAAUCUCGGCCUCUUGUUAUUAUCGAAUUUGUUUAGCUGUGCCAAUGGACAAGGAGAAACUCUUGGCAAUGUUGGGAAUGAUUGUUUACACGCUAAACUACACAACCGUUCCUUUAAUGGCCUAUGCAAAUGUGGACGCGUAUGCGGGAGAGAAUUACACUCUUUCAAUUAUCGAAUCCGAUCCCGAUUUCGCCUAUUUACUUUCAAAUCCGUAUCCCAAAAUGUUCUUUGACGUUCAUCGGCCUUGGGUUUAUGUCCUGGUGGCGGUGAUGAUUCCACAGAUUGGAAUUCAAAUUCUUGUACUGGGACACGCUUUUCUGUACAAUUUGAUAUACGUCUAUCGGAAUAAAGACUACAACAUUUCUCCGCAAACAAAAGUCCUUCAAGCGCAAAUCUACAUUGUGAUGGCAGUGCAGCUUACUGCUGUGUUAUGUUGUGGUGCAGUUGAGGGAGUUAUUUACGCGGUUCCUCAACUUGCUCACUAUUUUAUCGGAGGGUUGCUAGAUCCGUUUUUCAACGAACUUCAAUGGUUCUUCGAUAUGAUGCAACCACUUAUGGCGUUGGCUCCAUUGAUGGGUGUCUGCCAUUCGAGUGUCAAUUGUUUUAUGAUUCUGUUGAUCACCCGGCCGUAUCGCGACCAAAUUCGAAAAUGGUUUGUGCAAGCGAAGAUCUUCCCGCAACGAAAUGAUUCAAAGAUUUCGACUGUCGAGCCACUACAAUCUAAUCGUUUCCCCGAAGAGCAAUCAGCGAAAUUAUUG